AUGUUGUUAUCCCAAGAAAAUUUACAUGUCCCUUCCAAUACGCAGCACGAUAUGGAAAAGCAGAAACAUGCAAGAAUUAUGGCCUUUAUCCUUGAUCAAAGGAACCGUCUUUCAGGUUAUAAAUCACCAAACCAUUAUUCUCAAAGCGAACUAGAUAAUCUUCCUUUAGCAGAGGAAGGAGGAGGGGAUAAUCUCAGUUUAUUAUCCGCUUCUGUAAGUCAAAUCAUACCCCGUCGUAGAAAACCCAAUCUAGCACCAUCCAAUAGAUCCAAAAGGUCACCUUCUGUCAAAUCAGAUCGUCGAAAGCGAAAGAACGAGGAAAGCCAUAUGAAAGAGAAUACGCAUCUUCCUCAAAGUAAUUCUCACGCGUUUCAUUUGUUGCAGGAUUACGGUAAGAAUAGAGUAAAAAAAAAGUGGAUAGUGAGUUUCCAACAACAUAAUAGAUUCAACCCAAUAAAAAGCGCCCCAAACUGGGGCUAUUUAACAAGGGAAAGUCGUCUGCUAAAGCAACAAGGGCAGAUAAAGUAUAUAGUUCCAGAUCUGGUCUUUUCAGAAGCAAAUUUUUUGAAGCCGGAUAUUCAAGCAAGUCCAACCUCGUCCAAAGCCAGUCUUCGGCAGCCUUCCAUUUCCAGAUUCUUUCAAAAACCCGUUACAGCUACUAAUACUACUGCUCAAAAGCAGGCAGUAAUCUCCAACAAAUCUUCCAAGAUCCCCUCGACACUUGCUUCUCAUCAAACACGACAACGUGCAAGUACAGCAAAGAAGUCAAUUUCAGUGAUUAAAUCAUCUUCCUCCAACGCAAGUAUUGAACGGUUACUAAAGGAAUGUCAAGAAGCGCCUCAAGUGAUAAUUAAAAGUAACGGCCAACCAUCACACGACUCUUAUGAUGAAUAUAAUUAUUAUUGCACUCCUCCACAACUACCAACCUACCCUCGCGUAAAGACACCGACUUAUCCUCGUGUAAGGACACCAACCAAUCAGCAUCCUUAUGAAGAACAACCACAGUUUACACCGAUUUUAAUUGAAAGUGAUUCCGAAACUAAUUCGUAUCGUCAUCCUCAUCUAAAAAGUGAAUCCGUACAUACAGAUAAUUCUUUAUACAUGUUUUACAAGGAUCAAUUGAACCCUGAACACGUAUCCGAAAUUGCGCGUAAGGAAUGGGAUUAUGAAGAUCUGGGAGACUGGCAAAUUGAAUCUGUAGCAUCUUUCAACAGUUCAAUCACGAAUUACUGUGACGAUGACAAUAUCAUGAAUUUCUGGCAGCAUCAAUUUAAACGAACAUUAUAA